CAUUGGUGCGUGGCAAAACAGUAUCCCCGUGGCUUUGAUGAAUUUUAACAGAAAAUUAAACAACAAAUUAAAUUAACGAAAUAAAAGCCAAAGUUAGUUUAAACACUCACAACUCGAGAAGGCGACAGAGCUAGGCUUUUAAUAACAAAGCAAAGCAUCGGUAAAAAAUUCGCCAUCAUGUCAUUCUCGAAAGGCAUAGCUUUCUCUGGUGGCGGGAUUCGAUCUGCUGCAUUUUGCUCCGGUGUGUUGCGUUAUGUUCUUCAACAUGAGAUCGUCUUGGAUUACUUGAGCUGCGUUUCAGGCGGUGGUUUUACCGGUGCCUCCUAUCUCGACUGGAAGUACCAUCACAACCAACAGGACAACCCAGAAUGGCACCAAGAGUUUUUUGAUCACUUACGCAAGCGUAGUGGUUUCUUCUGCUCGUGGAGAAACCCCUUCCUUGGAAUCAUUGAUUCCUUAAUGUUGGUUAUUCUCUGUGUUGUGGUGGCUGUCAUCUUUCCCGCUUUCACCACUCUUGCGUUUGCGCUACCCACAGCUUUCUCGGUGGAUUACAUAUUUGGGGAUAUACUUCGCGCAGGGUUUCACUGCCCGAAUGACUCUGCGCCCAAAAAUGCCACAGAGAGCGAAGGCUGUCUGUUUGUGCAGGGCCAUGAUCAAACAUUCACUCUGUUUGGUGUUGUUUGGGCAACCUGCGUAGGGUUCUAUGUAUUAAGAUUCCUUUUCCCUCCCCGUCAUUUCUCUAUUCGUAACAAGCUCAAAGUGUUUUAUGUAAGCGCUGGUUGUACGCUUCUAAUGACCUUUCUCCCGUGGUUUUUUGAAGUGUUUUUAAGGGUGCAUACUUCAGUGUAUGUCAACGGCUUUCUCUUGCUCGGAAGUAUUGCUCUGUGGCUUGGGUUUCCCCCACUGAGAAACACUGCCUCUUUAGCCUUACUGAUAUACGCUUAUGCCUAUGUAACAAAAUGGCGAGUUUAUAAAAGUCCAGUUUUACACAUCAGUUAUUCAGAUAAUCUCUUCUACAAGGCUUUACUUGGAUCUGCCAUACUUCUUUGGAUGACACCCUUUCUUGGGCUUUUCAAUAUGGGUGCAGUACAGACAUACAACAGAUGGCGUCUUCAAAAGGCUUUCUUCUCACCCCAGAGCACCGGGUGCCUAGGGUGUUCUGGGAUAUCCUUCCACGAUAUCAUACCGUUUUGCUCAUGUGCAGACACUCCAGAAUGGGAGAGACUGGACAAAGGAUUCGUUACCAUGGGUGACCUUGCAGAUAUGAAACCAGAAUACAUUUGUAACACAGUUGUGAAUAACUGGCAGAAGGAAGCAGGUGGGGUCGGGUCAAAAUCCUUUGAACUUCUCAUCCUCUCCCCCACGGGGAUAGAACGGCUGGAUGAGAAUCCCGAAGACAACAGCUUUGCUGGAAAAAUCCAACCACGUGAUCUUCCACUGUCUGACGUCAUGGCAACAUCAGCAGCUGUUCUGGCGCUGUAUAUGGGUGUGUUUGACGUCAGGGCUGAAACAGUGCGAAAUCUGCAAAUGGUGUUGGGAGUACACGGUGGAAAAUCCCUUAUAUCGGAUCCAAGCAGGGAUGUGGCGGGAUCAACAAUUGCUUGUUGUAGGUUUCUGCCAGUCAUUAUACAGCUGUUCAUUGUGGUUCCCGUAAUUCUCCCGCCAUUUCUGACUAACGACUGGCACGCUAUUUUGGUGGUCUGGUAUCUAACUAUUGUUGUCCUGGCGAUGGUUACCGCUGCCUUACCAACGGCUCCAGAAAAUAGCGGAUGUGCUGACAAGUUCGUGAGGUGGUGUACUGUAAACAUCUAUCAUGUCCGAUUUGCACGCCUUUUACUUCGGACUGUCGAUCUUGGUCCAGUUCCCCCGCCUUUACUCAACCUCAGCGAUGGCGGUCACAUCGAGCAGCUGGGACUUUUAGCACUUUUGAAAAAGAGGUUGAAGAAAAUCGUGGUAGUUGACGGAACCAGCGUGGGGGUAGGCCAAUCCGCUUCAGCGCAGUUACUCUGGUCUCUUGAUUUGGCGCGAAAGAGGCUGCGGUGUUCUUUUAGUGCAAUGGACGGCCGAGACAUUGUCGAGGAUCUCCGAAGCAAGCUCGAGGAAAUGCCCGACAAUUGUAAGCCUCGUUUCUAUAAGUUCAGGGUUGAUUAUUAUGAGAAGAAUGUGGAUGGCUUGAGCGAUGAGAAGGUUGGGGAAGGAGAAAUUCUACUGAUACUGCCACGACAUCCAGACGUGGGUAUAACCAACUCAACCGAGUCGUUGCGAUCAUGGACGGAUUGCAUACGUCACACUCACCAGCCAAUCAACAGCAAGCUCUGGGGACCUGGUCCAGACCUUGAGGCGGGAGAAGUCGACCGACUGACUGGCUGCUGCUGUGAAUGCUGUCACGUGACCUACUAUAAUAGCUGUUGUGGGAUUUUGUGUGGAUUCUUUCCUUAUCAUAAGACUCUCAACCAGUUCUUCACCCCCGCGAUGUUCAGUGCUUACCACAGGGAGGGCUACCGUGCCUGUCUAGACGCCGAUAUUGGACAGUUUUUAACCGAGGAGACUGGUGGAAAGAAAUAAGCGGUAAAGUCUAGUACCCAAGCGUCCUAUUAUGGCAAAGGGAUGAAGCGAAAACGACCACUCCAAAGUCAAACUAUUUUUAGCUUGUAGAGUAAUUGAUCAUAAAACUAUAAUCAGUCUCCUUUCCCAGGAUAAUUUUGCGCCCGAUUGUAUUUGAAAACUACAAGGAAAACAAACUCCGGCACCGCAUGUACAUCGAGAAUUGACUUCCUUCCAAGGUUCGCUCGGCGCUGGGAUAAUUUCCCCCGUAUUUCGCAACUGUAUCCGUUGACAAGGAGGGAAUAAAAGGGAUUUGCUUAGAGUUCGUCGCAAUCUGCCUCCACAACAAGUAUUUUAAGCGUAAAAAUUGCUACGCAAAUUGCUGUGGCGACGAGAUUCUGUCGCGCAGACGCUAGCUGAAACGAUAGGUGUCAUAAUUGAUUGCAGUUUCUAGAUGGGGGUAAGCCCGAGGGACGAGACACGUGAUGCACGAGGAUAGAAGCGCGAAAGAAGUAACGCGUGUCCUCACAUUG